GUAAUUUUAUAUAAAUUAAGGGCACCGGAAAAAUAACUAAAAAGUAUAACCAGUAUUUCUAUGCUUGUCAGUUGUUACAGUGUGGUUCAGUAGCUAUGAAUGUUGCAGACUUGGACUCAAAUUAUACAGAUUUUGUGCCGGAUAUCGCCAGGUCAGAGAACUUCGGCAGAUACGAGAUUGUUGUAAAAAACAAUGACACAGUAGAUGGAUACAUGGGAGAGCCUACACGGCUGACGCUCAAAGGAUCGACAAAAGACGGAAAAAACAAGGCGUUACAUUUGUUUUGUAAAGCUGCCGCUAAGCAUGAAUUCAUCAGGCGCAGUUUUCCAGUAAACGACGUUUUUAAACGAGAAAAGUUUCUUUACAAUGUCGUCCUCGCGGAAUUUAGAAAGUUUGAGACAAAGAAAGGAGUCGACAGGAAGUUCACGGAAUCAUUAGCGAAAUGCUUCCGGGCAGAUGACAAUGAAAUGAAUGAAAGGAUUGUUUUAGAGGAUAUUUCGAAAAAGGGUUUUUAUAUGUUAAAGGGUACGGGUGGAUUGGAUGACCAUCAUUUGCGCAUCUCAUUGGAAGCGAUGGGCCGAUUUCACGCCCUAUCAUUUGCAUAUCGGUCACAACAACCGGAAAAGUUUAAACUGUUAGAAAAGGGAGCGACAAACAUUCAAAAACACGUGUACACAGUUUCCAAGUUUUAUGAUAUACUGGAAGAAAAGUGUAAAAGAACUGCCGAUUUGUUUGAUUCGGAAGAAGACACGUUAUUACGCGAAAAAUUCGAGAAAUUCGUCAACUUCGAAGCUAAAAAUUGGAUAAUGAACAUACCCGAAGCACAUAAUAACGAGAUGGCCAUUUUACAUGGUGACUGCUGGUCAAACAAUUUAUUAUUCCAUUACAUGGACGAUCAGCAUAAAAUUCCAGACCGCGUUGCGUUUAUAGAUUGGCAGCAUUCGCGAUUGGGAUCUCCGGCUAUUGAGUUAAGCUACUUCUUAUUCACCGCCUGUACAGAGGAUGCAUUUGACCAAAUGCACAAUUACUUAAAAAUCUAUCACGACAGUUUAUCCGGAUACUUGAGAGAGCUCGGAAGUGACGGGGACAAGUUAUUUCCUUUUUCCCUUCUCGAAACGCAUUGGAAGAUAUAUUUAAAGUUCGGUUUAAUUCUUUCGACGGUUGUCAUUCACAGUAUGGUACUUGCAUCGGAGGAAGAAGACCUGCCGAUUGGCGACUUUGAAAACCCAAAAGGGAAACUAACUGACGUUUUCUUAUUCGAAAAAGCAACAAAAGAAACUAAUGCAAGAUAUAAAGAACGCAUACGACGAGUAAUAAAAUACUGUGUCGACAUGAAUUAUAUAUGAUGAUUUUACAUUGUAAAACGACAAAGGCGAGAUUGAUCAUUCCCAAGGAACCAUUCAUAAAAUACCUCACCCAAAUGUCUCUUUUUUUAUUAAAAAACGAAUCUAUGUUAAUAAAUAUUGCAGGACUGAUA